CGCCUCCUCACUUUGCACAACACAUGAUCAGUCCAAAGCUUGGGAACACUAUCAUAGCAGCAAUGCCGAUAGCAGCAACAACAACACAUCAGCAGCAACAACAACAACAACCGUCUCCACCGCCGAUGACAAACAAAAGGAACAGUAAUAGCGGUAACAGUAGUGAUACAAGCAUCAGCAGUGCCAGCAGCACCAACAGCAACAGCAGCAGUCGGAAGCGCCCGAUCCACACGGGUACGCAAACGGAAAGCUACACGCCUCCGACGAAGGCACGAAUUGUGGACUCACCGUCGGCCGAGGCAUCUGACAUUGUUCAUGACGGGCAGGCCUGUAUGUUCAAUAUGAAACUAGAUGAGCGAGGAAGCAUUGCUGCAUUGUGUUACCUGCCAACCAGAGUGCAAACCCUGAUCGAGUUUUACCACACAGAAAUACCACUCGGAUACCGGGACAUGGGCGUCGGGGACCUGCUUGUCAAAAGCGCCUUUGAGUGGGCCGCAGAGCGCAAUGCUCUCGUCAUUGCAACGUGUCCUUUUGUUCGCCGCUAUCUUGCACGUCACCAGCAUAGCAACGUCGUAAGCACCGAGCAGGAGGCUGUAGAACGCUUAAUGAAAUAAAAGAUAAAAAUCAUACACGUUUCACAAGCAGUAUAUAAGAUCAUGUUUCCAUACACGUUAUAAAAGAGUACUUCGACACAGUAUAUAAAGAGUGACAUGGCCCAUGCCUUAUUCAUCAUGACGAGUGGUGGUUGGCGGUGACACAGAGAGUCGCACAUGUGUGAGGGCCACACAAAGAGAGCAGCAAAUGAACUGGUCCGCAGUGAGUUAUUUAAUUAUU